AUGCCUCUCACAGCACCCGAUGAGGAUGCGCUUUCCUCUCAGGAGCAACGUUCCAUUUGGAAUCGUGUCAGCGCCCGUGUUGGUGGUGCCUUUAACGGCGCAGACCCCCGAGUCUGCGUCGCUUUCUGGCUCUUUGGCCUUAUAAACAAUGUCCUAUACGUGAUCAUCCUCUCCGCAGCUGUAGAUCUAGUCGGACCAGAUGUUCCCAAAGGCCUCGUUCUCCUCGCGGACGUGGUCCCGUCGUUCGCAACAAAGCUCGUCGCCCCCUAUUUCAUCCACCUGGUUCCAUAUUGGAUGCGCACCCUCGUCUUCGCCUUCCUAUCAUCCGUGGGCAUGCUGGUCGUCGCUAUGAGUCCAGGUUAUACUGUUGGAGGAACGAUAUCAUCUAAGAUUGCGGGAAUAGUCCUGGCUAGCUUAUCUUGCGGUGCUGGGGAGCUGAGCUUCGUGGGUCUAACGCAUUUCUAUGGCCCGUUUAGUUUGGCUGCGUGGGGAAGUGGUACUGGUGCCGCUGGGCUGAUCGGAGCUGGUGCUUAUGCCCUCGCGACUUCGGCGAUGGGUUUCUCUGUUCGUGUCACAUUGUUGGUCUCGGCAUGCCUACCGGCCAUUAUGGUUUUGAGCUUCUUUAUCGUCCUACCCAAGUCCCACCCGAGACCUGCCGAAUCUGGCCCUGAUAGAUAUCGUGUUGUCGAGGGUGGGGGCCAGGUGGAGGAAGAUGAAAUGGACGAUGGCGUUGGCGGGGAAGACGAGGGACUCCUGGGAGAGUCGCGCGAUUCCUCCGUCCAUAAGUCUAGCCAUAUCAAUCAAGGUGGCCCCUGGCAGGACCAGAUGCGCAAUAACCUACGUCGCGUUAAGGCACUUUUUAUUCCUUUCAUGAUCCCGAUGUUGCUGGUCUACAUCGCCGAGUACGUGAUAAACCAAGGUGUGGCUCCAACUCUACUGUUCCCGCUGCAUGAAUCCCCCUUCGAGCACUUCCGCUCAUUCUACCCCACCUAUAAUGCCAUCUACCAGAUUGGUGUCUUCAUAUCGCGCUCCUCGACCCCAUUCUACCGCAUCCACAAUCUGUAUGCGCCGUCGCUCCUUCAGGUGGUCAACCUUGUGUUGCUGAGUCUCCACGCUAUGUUUAACUUUAUCCCCAGUGUAUGGCUUGUAUUCAUUGUUGUCUUCUGGGAGGGCCUACUGGGUGGAGUGGUAUAUGUCAAUACCUUUGCUGAGAUUGCUGAUCGUGUGCCUAAGGAGGACCGCGAAUUCUCAUUGGGUGCUACCACUGUCAGUGACUCAGCUGGUAUCUGCAUUGCGGGAUUCAUUAACUCAGCCCUAACUUGGAGAAAUGAUAGACCACGUAUUAGGGAGACCUUCGACCCGCUUUCGCAAAAUCCAAUCCACACAGGAAUUCCAACCGCUGAACUUCCCAACAGAGCAGAUAAACAUGGCCCGCCAUUUAUUCGAUCCCUCUCAUCCCGCUUCACAGGAAAAUUGACAACAUGGCAAACAACUGUUAUCAUAUUCCUUUGGCUCUACCUCAGCCGGAACUUCGCCAAGAUCGUCGGACUUGAAUGUCCUGAACCAUUAGCAAAUAUGUACUCACGGUCUUUCUUCCGAGCAACAUGGAUCACCACUGGUCUAGAUGCUGGAUUCUGGACAGCAAUGAACAUAAAGCCAAAAUGGCUACGAGAUAUAGCCUCACUAGUCUUCACAGUGUACUAUCUGAUUGCCGCUGAACAGGCCGAUGAGAAAGUUCGUCGCGUCCGUGCUACCCUGACACUAGAGCAUCUGCGCGUAUCUUGGAACAAAGCCACUAGCCCCUAUCUAUGGUCAUUGGCGAAACUGUUACGGCCACGAAUGACUAAGUUCUCGGCUCGAGCGAUUCGCAUUCCUCGUCCAAAGCAGUCGGUUUACACCGAGCCAGUGCAUGCGUGGCUGUAUUUCGAUGGUCCGUUAAGUGCGCUCCGAGAUCAGACUUCCAUCGUGCUCGAUGUACCCGGGGGUGGCUUUGUGGCUAUGAGUCCUAGAAACUCUGAAGACAAGUUGUUGUCUUGGGCAGGACAGCUCAAGGUCCCCAUCCUCAGUAUUGAUUACAAGAAGGCACCUGAAUUCGCAUAUCCGUAUGCGCUGCAUGAAUGCUACGAUGUCUAUCAUAGCAUCAUUGCCACGAACGGCCGUUGUAUGGGUCUGAGUGGUAAGACUCGUCCUCGUAUUCUUGUCACUGGCGAGAGUGCCGGUGGAAACCUAGCAGUUGGUAUGACCUUGAUGGUGCUACAGUCUGCGAUGUCUCAGGGCUGGCGUGGAGAAGAUGUACUCCCCGCUCCCGAUGGUGUGGUUUUGGGAUAUCCUGCGUUGAACAUGAAGGUUGAAAGUUGGAUGAGCGACGAGCAGAUGGCAUUGAUUCAGGAGAAGAGCACCCGUCAGACAAACCGCAGUGUUUUGCAACGGAAACAGGAUGAAUAUCGUAAGCUCACGCCAUUCACUUCGCCAGGUCACUCAGUCGAAGAUCUCACUGCUAUCUCACCACCCGAGAAGGCAAAGGAUAAAGAACCGAAUGUGGCCGCCGAAGCUGCCAAGGCACUGGAGAAGAAACUCCAAAAGAGCGAGGACCUAGCUCCGAAACCUGUUGCCAAAGCAGAAGACGAAGUCAAACCAAUCAAGACUAGAUUAGCCGUCUCGUCUAUGAUCACCUACGUCCACGACCGAAUCCUAACACCCGAGAUGACGCGUGCGAUGAUCAUUCUAUACAUCGGACCCCACCAUCGCCCUGACUUCAACACCGAUUUCCUCCUAUCUCCAGUUCUAGCUCCAGAUGCUUUGCUUGCCCGCUUCCCGAAAACAUACAUUAUGACCGGAGAGCGAGAUCCUCUGGUUGAUGACACAGUCAUAUUCGCAGGAAGACUGCGCCAAGCAAAGCUUCAUCAGUUCCGUGAGCGCCAGGACCUGGGAUUGGAGAGGUCUAACCGUCCCUUCAACGAGAGAAACUACGUCGAGAUCUCCCUGAUCCCUGGUAUUUCACACGGAUUCAUGCAGAUGGCUGGCUUCUUCCCGGAUGCGUGGAAGUAUAUUCAUCGCAGCGCGGACUGGCUCGAGACUCUGUUCCAGAAAAUCAAGACAGAUGACUUGGAAGCGGAUUCUUAUCCUAAUCGGGAUAUGAACGCUUUGAAUCCCAACCCUUCCCUCAAAUGGUCUGUCCAGAACGAAGGAAAGCCUCCACGUGGUCGUAACCACCAUCGCAAGUUUACAGGCGAGUCCUCGGGUGACGAGGAUAGACCAUUGGAAAUGGGUAGCAAGAUCACGCCUGUUGGUAGCGAUGAGGCAUUUAUGAAGGCUGAACACCGCACCCGUCGGAGGAGAUCGCAUUCCUCUUUUGCUUCCUCGCGUGUCACUGGCUUCACGUCGUUGGGGGAUGACGGCAAAGCUAAAGAGGAUUUCCUCGCUAAGCUUCGACAUUUGGAGAGAGCGGGUCGUUCGCGGGAUACUUUUGAUCCUGAUGAGACGAAUAGUGCGCCUGAAAGUCCUAGGGCGAUUCGGCCGAGAGGUCGGAGUAUUGCUUCUCUUGAUAGCGAGGAGGAUUUGCUGGAUCGUCGUAUGAAUGGUCUUGCUGGUGGGUUGAUGGGGAUUGGGGAGGGGGCUCAGACUCCCGGGCUCUGA